AUGAUUAUUAGGGUGAUGAGAGCGACGGGAAGCGGCAAGACGACUUUUAUCAAUCUGAUUAGUGGAAGCUCUCUGCGCGUCGGGACUGGACUACACUCCUGCACCGCUGAUAUCCAAGUUUCGCAAACAUUCGAGUUGGAAAGACGUUCAGUCAUGCUUAUCGACACGCCUGGUUUUGAUGAUACCUCUAAAUCGGAUACGGAUAUUCUCGGAACGAUAGCUUCAUUCCUCGGGACAGCAUAUGAGAAAAACACAAAGUUGGCCGGCGUCAUUUACAUUCAGCGCAUCUCUGAUAACAGAAUGGGCGGGAUAUCGACACGCAAUUUUAGGAUGUUUCGAAAGCUCUGUGGUGAUGACACCCUGAAGAAUGUUAUCCUAAUGACCAAUAUGUGGGGUGAAGUGAGCGAGGAGGUUGCACUGCGGAACGGCGCUCGGCUUCUUCGUCAUUACAACACCCUAGAAUCUGCGGAAAAUAUCUUGAAGUGCGUAAUUUCGAACCACCCAGAAGCUCUUCAAAUCCAGCGGGAACUUGUCGAGGAGAAGAAAGCCAUGUCUGAAACUGCAGCGGGUGGGAUAUUGAAUGAGGAAUUCAGGCAACUGGCCAGGAAGCAUGAGGAGGAUAUGAAAAAAUUGGAAGAAGAGAUGAAAGAAGUCAUCGAAGAACGAGAUUUGAAAGCCGAAGAAGAACUCACAGAGGCAAGAAAAAAACUGCAAGCUGAAAUGAGGAGGAUUGAAGAAAAUUCAGAAAAGUUGGCGUCCGAUUACAGCGCAGAACGUGCCAAGUUCGAAAGGCAAUUUCAAGAGCAAAUGGAAGCGGCACGCCAGGAAGCUUCGGAUAACCAGCGUAAAAUCGAAAACCUCGAGUCUCAUCUGGAGGGAUCGGUUUCUGCUGGCGAAGUUAAGGCCUUGAGAAGUGAGCUUGAAGAGUUGCGCAACCGUCGACAUGAUGGGCCAGGAUGCAUUGUGCAAUAG